AUGAGUAUUGGGUCACCUUCGACUUCAAGUGCUUCUUUAUCAAGCUCAGACUUACUGUCACAGUUAACAAAUACCAACAAUCAAAAAUCCUGUAGUGCAAGUUCAUCUUCUAAUGGAGUUCCUAGUUCCUGCAGCUUAAUGGUUCCUUGUUCAUGUGUAGCGGAAUUAGGUUCUAGCUCAAGCAUGUCAAGUAAUAGUUACUACACAAGCUCAAGUGAUACUCCUCCAUGUAUCCAACCCUCAACAUCUAGUAGUUCAUCAAUCUCAACAUUUUCAGGGGAAAUGUCAGAGAGUCUGGUUCUCUCUCCUGAUUAUAGUUUUUAUGCAAGUAUCUCCAGUUUUAGCUGUAGUAGCAAAGCAAGUAUAGUUGAGAGUAAAUCAUCGGAUGAUACGAGAACCUUCAGCACAUCCAGUUUUUAUUUUUCUUCAAGUUCCAGUCUUAGUAUUUCUCGCCCAGAAUUUAGUUCCAGCAUGAGCAUUUCAAUUAUUAGUAGUUACACAAGCUUAACUAACACUCUUUCAAGUACCAGCAGCUUCAGGCCAUGUAGUUCAUCACUUCCAGCAUUUCCAGAAAGUGGUGAAUUAUCUGACAGUGCAAUCAACCCUUCAGAUUACAGUUAUUCCUCAAGUAGUAAUAGAAGGACUAAGCCUAGAACUCUGAGAUCCAGCAGUUACGGAAGUUCAAGCAUCAGUUCUUAUGGUUCAAGUUCCAGUCAUCGUAGUACACUAGAAUUAUGUUCUUGUUCAUCAUUUUCAGCAUUUUCAGAAAGUAGUGAAACACUGAAUAUGGCAGUCUCUCCAGAUUAUAGUACAUAUUUAAGUAUCUCAAGUUUAAGCCCAAGUGAUAGCAUUUCUAAUCACCUUAGUAGCAUCUUGAGUUCUUGCCCAAGCACAUCAAGAAAUAGUUACACAAAAUCAGCAUCAAGUAGUUCAUCAGUUUCAGCUCUCUCUGAUGGUAAUGAUACAACUGACAAUAUAAUUAUUCCUCCAGAUUAUAGUCUAUUUUUGAGCAUCUCUGGGAUUAGCUCUCCUAAAUCAAGUUACAGCUCAAGUCUGCACCUGUUCAGAAAAUUAAGCUUCAAUUCAAGUGUUUUGGAAUCAAGUUCCAGCAACAGUGUUACCUAUAGCUUAAGUUCAAGUCGAUUCAGCAUUUCUAGUUUAAGUCAAGUGGAUGGCUCUAAGCUCAAUAUAAAUGGCCCUCAAAUUGGCCAGGACCAAGCUCAAAUUUGUUUACAAUACACCAAUUUUUGGAUGGGUUAUAGCCCUCUAUUGACCAUAAGUAUAAUGUCAGACUGUGGAAUGGGCAAUAAUAGCAACACGGGACAGAUGGUUGCUCCAGUAGUUCCAGUAGAAGUUAUUCCAGCAUUCCAAGUGGUAGCUUUAGCUCAAGUUAUAUCAGUAGCUCGUCCAUUAGUAGUGUCAAAGCAGAUGUUCCAAAUGGUAUGCAGUUCGCUUCAAGUAGUUACAGUGCCAGCAGCUCUAGUAUCUCAAUCAAGAGUUGUAGUUCAAGUAGUUCAAAUAACUACAACAGUUCAAGUGUAUUUAAAGUUAUAA